AAAAAAAAGUUAUUCUUUUUCUACAGGUGAAGUCCUAAAAAACUUAAACAAGUUCUACAAAAGAAAAGAAAUUCAAAGACUAGGAGCAGAAAAUGGACUAGAUGCUCGCCUCUUUCACCAGGCAUUUAUAAGCUUUAGGAAGUAUAUCAUGGAGUCCAGUUCUGUGAGUGCUGAUUUGCAUAUUAUUCUCAAUGAUAUAUGCUGUGGUGCAGGCCACGUGGAUGAUCUGUUUCCAUUUUUCCUGAGGCACGCAAAGCAGAUCUUUCCAAUGCUGGACUGCAUGGAUGAUCUGCGCAAGAUCAGCGACCUGAGGCUGCCACCCAACUGGUAUCCAGAUGCCAGGGCUAUUCAGAGAAAGAUAAUAUUCCAUGCUGGUCCUACAAACAGUGGAAAAACUUACCAUGCUAUCCAGAGAUUUUUGUCAGCCAAAUCUGGAAUAUACUGUGGUCCACUAAAACUUCUGGCUCAUGAGAUCUUCCAAAAGAGUAAUGAUGCUAACGUGCCAUGUGACCUGGUGACAGGAGAAGAGCGUGUGUUUGCCAAUGAAGAUGCCAGACAGGCCCCUCAUGUUGCUUGUACCAUUGAAAUGUGCAGCACUAAUACACCUUAUGAAGUUGCUGUGAUAGAUGAAAUUCAGAUGAUCAGAGAUCCUGCCCGGGGCUGGGCUUGGACAAGAGCCCUUCUAGGCCUCUGUGCAGAAGAAAUCCACGUUUGUGGAGAACCUGCUGCUAUUGACUUGGUGACAGAGCUCAUGUACACUACAGGGGAGGAAGUUGAAGUCCGAAACUACGAGAGGCUGACUCCUCUGACUGUGCUGGAUUAUGCCUUGGAGUCCUUGGAUAACCUCCGGCCUGGGGACUGCAUUGUCUGUUUCAGUAAGAAUGACAUUUACUCUGUGAGCCGGCAGAUUGAAGCCAGAGGAUUAGAAUGUGCUGUCAUAUAUGGCAGUCUGCCUCCAGGAACAAAGCUUGAACAGGCAAAGAAAUUCAACGAUCCUGAUGAUCCGUGCAAAAUUUUAGUUGCUACAGAUGCAAUUGGAAUGGGACUCAAUUUGUGUAUCAGAAGGAUAAUUUUUAACUCCAUAGUAAAGCCAACUGUCAAUGAGAAGGGAGAGAAGGAGAUAGACUCCAUCACCACCUCCCAGGCACUGCAGAUCGCGGGCAGGGCUGGGCGCUUCGGCUCCUCCUUCAAGCAGGGAGAGGUCACCACCAUGCACCGCGACGACCUCGUGCAGCUGAGGGACAUUCUGAAUGAUGCUGUGCCCCCUGUCAAGGCAGCUGGCCUACACCCUACUCCUGAGCAGAUAGAAAUGUUUGCUUAUCAUCUUCCUGAUGCCACUCUAUCCAACUUAAUUGAUAUUUUUGUGAGCCUCUCACAAGUUGAUGGGAUGUACUUUGUCUGCAAUAUUGAUGACUUUAAAUUUCUGGCAGAUAUGAUUCAGCACAUUCCACUAAAUCUGCGAUCACGAUACGUCUUCUGCACUGCACCCUUGAACAGAAAAGAGCCUUUUGUGUGUACCACUUUGUUGAAGUUUGCACGACAGUUCAGUAGAAACGAGCCCCUGACGUUUGACUGGCUCUGCCGGCACACCAAGUGGCCCUUAGCUGCUCCAAAAAACAUCAAGGAACUUGUGCACCUUGAAGCUGUGCAUGAUGUUUUUGACCUCUAUCUGUGGUUAAGUUACCGCUUCGUGGAUAUGUUCCCUGAUGCUGUCCUUGUAAGGGACAUUCAGAAAAAACUGGAUGACAUUAUCCAGAUUGGUGUCUGCAACAUCACCAAGCUGAUCCGAGCAUCCCAGUCUGCAGCUGCUCCUGGCACAGCUGAGGCUGUCUCAGAAGACUUUCCUCUCUCAAGGACUCAGAAGGAUGCCAGGGCAGUUUCAGACCGUCACGGUGCAGCCUCCACAGAGGCCCUGUCCAUUGCAGUGGAGGCUGCAGGACUGAGAAGAGUGAAGAACUCGAGACCCUCUCGGCUUGGCAGCAGGCAGGAGGAUGUGAAAAGCUAUGGACGUGGAUCUCUUGCCAACAGAUUGCUGCAGGAGGGACUUCUGACACAGGAAAUGCUGAGACAGCUGGAGAGUGAGUGGCAGGAUCAGCACAGGAAUGGUAGAUAUGGCUUUGGUUCAAAAAGAGAUGAUCAGCAUAGUUCAAAGGAAACGAGGAAAAAGAGAAAAUAGAACCAUGUCCUAAUUCUGUUUAGUUUUUAUUCAUAAAAUAAAAUACUAUUUUAAUAAUCUCUUUGGCAUGUCAUGUUUACACUGCUGCAGCUCCUUGAUGUUUUUCCUUCUCCAGUGACCAGUAAUGUGAAGCAAUCAGAGAAAUGAACUCUUAAAAGCCCAGAGGCCGUAAGUUUGUUUUUGCCACUCAGCUGUGCACUCUUUCAAUCAUGGUGUUCAGCAUUAAGUGUAUGAUCUGCUGCUCUGUGAAAAUUUGAACUUGGUGUCUUCUUGCAAGAUAUCAUCUCAUCAUCAAUAAAUAUCAGAUAUUUCACUAGUAAUGAAUUAGCUACUCAUUCCACCCCUUCUCAAAGAGCAGAGUUUAACAGAUCACAAACAAGUAAUGAACAGCCUGGAACAAAAUUGGCUUAGAAUGGUGAUAAGAAUCAUGUGCCUCUAAUCAUUGUGUCCUGUGAAAAUGUGGAAGGAGGUGAAAAGCAUUUGUGGUAAUAUGUCAGGAGUGAUGGAAUUCUGGUCACAAGAAUUUUGGAGUGAAUUUCAGUUCUCUAAUCUGCGGGGUGAUUGUUAUGCUGUGUGAUUUGCUUUUUAUGUGAGCAGUUUUGAGCUCCCACUAUGGAUACUGGUGAGUGGAAAGAAUCAGAUGCUGAAACUGCUGUGUAUUUACAGAAAUGGGUUUCAGCACUUGUUGCUGGGCUGCCUGAGGAGAAUGAUGCUACACUGGCUGUGUACAAGUGCACAAGUCCUGCUUGUGUUAAUGUUAACAGGCAAACCUCUAAAAUCCAGGUUGAGUUUCACUAUCAAAUAGCUGACUUUCUGAUCUGUGUUUCUCUGCAGGCUGAAAGCUUGUUUUGAAUCUUCUUUCUCUUGAUAUCAAUCCUUUAUGCUGCUGUUCAGAAAGAAACCUGCAGCAGUUUGAAAUAUGUUUUUGCAGCUGUUUUCAGUGUAGUUCAUGUACUCUUCCCUCAUUGUUUACUAAAAAGCAAGCAGUGCGUGAAUGUUUCUAGUCCACAUGAUCUCCCUCUGGUUUCAGUACAGUACUGGUGGGAAGAGAAAGUUUUAGGUCCUUCCCCUCCAAAGCCACAUCUUUUUUUCCUUCCCCAAGAAAAGCCAAGCAGCUCUGUGUGUGGCAAUGGCUGUGUGGGUGUUGUGGAUUUUCUGCUUUGCAGAUGAGUAGUUCAGCUUUGCUUUCCCAGAGUCCUGCUGAACAGCAGCACCCCUUGCAGAGUGCAAGCUUGCAUUAACCCUUACAAAUGUGUCACAUCUGCUGCUAUCACACAGCCUGUGUGAUGUGGAUUGUGUGAUGCAGUGGUAUCAGUUGGCUCCUUGUUCUUGGCACUCAAGUGAAAGGGAAGCAGCAGUUGCCAAAGCCUGCAAGUUUUGACCACAUUCAUUGUCCCACUUACCCCUGGGACUGCACUUCCCCCAGGGUGCACUUCCAGGGUGGAUUGCAAACCACUCUUUAAAACCACCUUGGCUGUCCACCAUGGACAACUCUUGUUUUCUCUGCCCAGUGUGUGUGAGAUUGGCAUGUGGGAGACCCACAUUGACAUGUGCUUUGCUUCUGUUAGGUUGAAUUUAUCCUUUAAUCAUACAGUAAGCUGAGUACUAGUGUAUAUAUUUGGGCAAGGAAAGAGUGUCUGGGACUUGAGGGUAUAAGCCAGCCUUGUGUUUCAGCACCAAGCCUUGCAAUAAAGAAGCUAAAUGACUAUAAGCAUUCUUUUUUGUAUUUUGCUGAGAUUAGCACUUUGCUUAACUCCCUGCUUGUUUCCAUAGUGACUCCAUAGU